UAACACACUGGUCCUAUACUUUACAGCCUAUUCCCAGAGCGAUUCGUUCUUCACGGGAGACAGAAUGUCAAAUCAAGUGGAGCAUCCAGCGGGGGGUUAUAAGAAAUUGUUUGAAACCGUGGAGGAGCUGGCAACGCCGAUGAGCGUCCACAUUACUGGUCGCGUUCCACUUUGGCUAUCAGGCAGUCUCCUAAGAUGUGGACCUGGGCUGUUUGAGGUUGGCUCUGAAAUUUAUUACCAUUUGUUUGACGGACAGGCUCUUCUCCAUAAAUUUGAGUUUAAAGACGGACAUGUGACGUAUCAUCGGAGAUUUAUUCGUACCGACGCUUACGUCAGAGCAAUGACAGAGAAGCGUAUUGUAAUUACAGAGUUUGGCACCUUUGCAUUCCCCGAUCCCUGUAGGAAUAUAUUUUCAAGGUUUUUUUCAUACUUCAAAGGUUUGGAAGUGACCGAUAAUGCGCUGGUCAAUGUGUAUCCUAUCGGCGAGGAUUAUUACGCCUGCACCGAGACAAAUUACAUAACGAAGGUUAAUCCAGAAACUCUGGAAACCAUUAAAAAGGUGGAUCUUUGUAAAUAUGUUGCCAUUAACGGAGUCACAGCUCAUCCUCAUAUUGAACGUGACGGCACGGUAUAUAAUAUGGGAAACUGCUUCGGAAAGCAUUUUGCAUUUGCCUACAAUUUAAUACAAAUCCCGCCAUUGCAGGCAGACAAAGAGGAUCCAAUAACAAAAGCUAAAGUGGUGGUCCAGUUCCCCUGCAGUGACCGGUUCCAGCCAUCCUACGUCCACAGCUUUGGGAUGUCCACAAACUAUUUCGUCUUCGUAGAACAACCGGUGAAAAUUAAUUUGUUCAAGUUCCUCUCAGCCUGGAGUAUUUGGGGAGCAAACUACAUGGACUGCUUCGAGCCCAACGAAACUAUGGGAGUGUGGAUGCAUGUUGCAGAAAAACACACAGGAGAAUAUCUCAAUAUAAAAUACAGGACGUCCGCAUUCAAUAUUUUCCAUCACAUUAACACUUACGAGGACAAUGGCUUUUUGGUUGUGGACGUCUGCUGCUGGAAAGGGUUUGAGUUUAUCUAUAAUUAUUUGUACCUGGCCAAUUUACGGUCAAAUUGGGAAGAAGUUAAAAAACAUGCUGAAAAAGCUUCUCAGCCUGAAGCCCGCAGAUAUGUUCUACCCCUUGAUAUCAAGACGGAAGACGCUGGUAAGAACCUUGUGUCGUUGCCAUAUACCACAGCCACUGCCACACUACGCAGCGAUGGAACGAUCUGGUUAGAACCAGAGGUGUUGUUCUCAGGUCCUCGCCAAGCUUUUGAAUUUCCACAAAUCAACUACAAAAAAUAUGGAGGAAAACCCUACAGUUAUGCCUAUGGCCUGGGACUCAAUAAUUUUGUUCCAGAUAGGCUUUCCAAACUUAAUGUUCGAACCAAAGAAAUCUGGGUGUGGCAGGAGCCAAACAUGUACCCCUCCGAGCCAAUUUUUGUUUCAUGUCCAGAUGCCCUUGAAGAAGAUGAUGGAAUUCUGCUCAGCGUGGUUGUCAGCCCAGCUGUGGGACACAAGCCUGCAUUUCUCCUAAUUUUGGAUGCGAAGGACAUGAGUGAAAUUGCCAGGGCAGAGGUAGACACCAAUAUUCCAGUCACAUUCCAUGGCAUGUUCAAACAAGCCUGACCGGUGGCUAGGACUGAAUUCACAAUGUCUUUAUAAAUCUUUUAACACCAAGGUCCUUGAAGUGAAUGCUUUAAAAAGAAAAUGAAAAAAACAGCAGUAUGUCUUCAGAAAAAAAACAUAUCAUUUUAUUCUCACGGCUUCUGCUCCAGUCCUAUCUGGGACAGAGAUAAAUGCCGUCUACACUAUGUCCUCGAUAGGAUACAGAUUGUCAUCACAGCGGCACGCAAACUGACAGACGCAGAACUUGGGACACAUUCUGAUCAAACAUUAAACUCGCUGCACGGCAGCUUGUAAUGUAUCUGACAAACUAACGCUGUGUACGUGAUCUGUGUGAAAAAAUAUUAUCUGAACCAUUUUGUAGCGAACGCCAAGUAUAUUUCUAUUAAAUUCAGACAAAAAUUCCCAUUUGCAUGUCACUCGGUUAUAUAACUAUUUCAUUAAAAAUGUUGCCUUGCAA